CUUGCUUUACUAUAAAAUGUCUACUCUUAGCUACAAUGACCUAUAUCGGCUUUUCAAGACGCUCGACCAAAAUGGAGACGGUCUUAUUAGCCCCCACGAGCUCCAAUGGCUUCUCGAUACCAUGAAAGUGUCUUCAGGCAUCGAUGAGCUAGAAUGCUUAACUGAGAAAUCCAGUCUUAGUUUUCCUGAGUUUUUGGAGUUCUAUGAUACGAUCACAAAACAAGAAAAAGAAGGGGAGAAUGAAUCGGAAAAUGAUCUUUUCAAGGCGUUUGAAGUGUUUGAUAAGAACCGUGAUGGGUUCAUUUCUGAUGAAGAGCUCGAAGAGGCGUUGUCAAGAUUGGGAUUAUGGGACGAGACGGGUCACAUGGAUGUAAAGAGUAUGAUCAAAGCAUAUGAUGACAAUUGUGAUGGCUUUCUUGAUUUCCAGGAGUUCAAGAAGAUGAUGGCUUAGAAACAUUUCAAUUCACAUAUCAAUUUCAUUAGUUAAAUAUUAUAUAUAUACACAUCAAAUUUAUCAUAUAUAUCUUUACAUUUGA